GAGCAUUAACAGCAUUAACGAGCAAAACUUACCGUUUGUCAAUGUACUCUCUAAAGCUACUUCUAAUUUGCUCAAUUAGUACUUUAUCUCCACGUGAAUGCCUUUAGUUCUGAAGACUGGAGCAUUUCAGUCCCUGGGUGGCAGGAGCCCGCAGCCAGAGCCUGGGUCUUCCUCCCCGGCCGGACCGCUCCUCCCAGCCCAGAUCCCAGGCCAGACUGGCUCCUCCUCCCCGCCUUCGCUGCUGCGGGCUCCGUCUACCAAGAUGGAGGGAGCGCCGCCGUCAGCCCCUCUCCGCCAGCUGCUGCUCCUGCUCCUGCUCCUGCUCCCCUUGCUCUCGGCUCCUGGGCGGCUGUUGGCCGGCGCUUCGGAGCCGCCGCCAGCUGCUUCCUUCACCCAGGACAAUAUCAAAAUUAAUGUAACCACCCUGGAAGAUGAUGGGGAACUCCAUGAGAAACAGGUUUUUCUUAAUAUUGUUUACGAGAAUGGGCAGAUAUAUGUAAAUGACUUCCCCCUAAAGAGUGGAGUAACCCGAAUAAAGGGUGAGACCUUCAUAGUGGAAGAUGAAAAUUUGGAAAACCUGAAGGUCGAGGGCUAUUUUGGAACUGUCAGUGUACGGAUAUUAGUUCAUCAGUGGCCUCUGGCGUCUAGUUCCAAUGUACAAAUGAUUGCCAUUCAAGAAGAGGUAGUAGAGAUUGAUGGGAAACAAGCUCAACAAAAGGAUGUGAUUGAAGUUGGUAUUUUAGUUAAGAACCAAAGAGUCCACAGACGUUCAAAUUAUACCAUUCCUUUGGAGGAAAGCAUACUGUAUUCUAUUCCCAGAGACAAUGAUAUUUUAUUUACACUUCCAAAUCUCUCAAGAAAAGAUAGCCCUAGUCCAUUGCAGACAACCAGUCAGUACCUUGUCAGGAAUGUGGAAACAACCAUAAAUGAAGACACAUUGCCUGGCAAGUUACCAGAAACUCCACUUAGAGCGGAACCUCCAUCUUCAUAUAAGGUAAUUUGCCAGUUGGUGGAGGAUUUCAGAAAAUAUAUGUGUAAAUUCUGGAUCAACAUUUUCCCAGUACUUUUUAUGUUUAUGAAUACCACAGUGCUUGGAAUUAUAGGAGCAGCUAUAGUAAUAGCCAUCUUAAAGGUGCUUUUCCCUAAUUAUGAAUCCAAGGGAAUUCUUCACUUAGAUAAAGUGGGCUACCAUAUGUACUACCCUCUUGACUUUUUAGAGACUACAGAGAAAUCAAAGGAUAAUCUUGAAGAGAAGAUAUGUAUUUAACAAAUCCUUACUCCAUUUUUCUAUUGUGAAAUUUUCUACUUGGUUCAUAAUUUCCAAUCAUUUAAUGAAAAAAUAUAAUUCAAAUAAGAAAUAAAAGUAUAUUGAAAAACAGUGCCACAAUUACUUGUUGGCCUUCUAAGAGAGACUGGAGAAUGAGGAUAUAACAUUUGAAAUUACCCGACUGGUAAUGUCAGAUAUGAUUUCCUAAAGAAUGGGAGAGUGGUAAAAUUAGCCAUACUGAAAUAGAAUAAGCAAAGACUUGCAGUACCUAUGUUUGCAUACCAAAAAAGACUAAGCCAGUAAUUCCAGAUGCCUUAUUAAGAAAAAUUUUACAUCUAGUUUUUUAUUGUAAUGUAUGAGGUCUCACUUUAAGCACUUUAUGAAAAGCUAAACUUAAGAGAAGCCCCAGAAUUAAAUCUUUUUAAUUAUUUGACUUGUAUAACACUUAUGAUUUUUGAUAAAGAUCCUUGAGAUACAUUAUUAUUUCACUGUAUCUGUACUAAGGCAACUUAGCAGGAUCCAAAUGGUAUUGUCAAGGGACACUCCUGCUGCAAAAUAAAUCUCUUGGAGAGGGAAGAAGUUGGGUAUAUACACUUAUUGGGUUGUGGGAAGUCAGAACUUAUGCUGGUGACUCAAUUCCCCACAAUAUAAAUCAGUGACAACUCAGUGAGCAAACAAUAGAAAGUUUCAAAAGAAUCUAUUAGUGAUCUGCUUUGUUUUACUUAGCUAUUUUGACUUUGAAAUUAACAUAUGAAUGGACUUAAAUACUAAGUAUAUUUAUUAACACUGAUAUUUCAGUGGCAUACCUGAAAAUGGAACAAGUUAUUUUGAGCUGUAAGAAAUUUUAUUUAAGCUUUAAAGAUUAUUAAAUAAAAAAGCAAAUUUUAGUGAAAUCUCCAGAAGAUGGCAGGGUUGCUGCUUAUGCCUACAUAUCUAGCUCUAGUUUUGUGUGACCUUGGUAUGUAUUUUAGAAGCAAAUUUAUACAUAGAAAUUUAUUCUAUGUAUUUUAUAAGGGAAAUCAUUUGAGAUUUUAUGAAUCACUUGAUUUGUCAAUUCUGUCAUUUAUAAAAUGCCUUAGAUUUAGCUCCCAAAAUAAGCUAUAAUCAGUGUCUGAAUAAAACUCUGGAAAAUAAGUAUUUACCUGCCCCUACAGCAACCUUCUACUACUCAGGGACAUGAAGGUAGAGUCAGGUAAGACUCCUGCACACUUCUUCAAAUGCCCAAUGAAAUAGGUAAGGUAAGGAAAGCCUUGUCCAGCCUUGCACUUUGUCCUACAAGCAGGAGGAAGGGCAGUGUAGGUCCUUGUUCCAAGCUAUUCCCCUUUGGUUCAUCUAAGUGAACAAAACAAUUCUUAAAAGUUAUAUCCAUGAACAUAUGAGGCUGAGGUCAGACUAGGCUCCAUUACUACUUAAACUGAAGGGAGGCUGGUCAGUUUUCUUCUAUUAAUAGAUGAAACAAUAUAAAAAGAGGUGUCAUUUCUAAGUGUAUAUGAAGGUGUGGCCUAAAAUAAGUAUUAAUUAUGAAAUAUUUUUAAGUAAAAAAGAUUUAAUGCAAAAGUAACAAAUUGAGUCAAAUUUCCCUGCAGCUUAAAAAAAUUACAUUUAUUCAGA